AUAUGCAACAUCGCAUCGGCGGCCGGCUAGUGCGAGGCAGGAGACGAAGUAGAGCACGCUGAGAUAUUUCAAAAGUGGAAAGAGCAAUACCGACACGUGUAAUACCACUUCCCUUACAAAGCCGCCGACCACGCUACAUCGGACUACCCAGUCUUGGAAAUUGCGUCUAGAGCCGAAAAGGUAGUUCUCCGUGACGUAGUUCAUGGAAUGAGGAUUGUUUUCGAUAGUAGAUAUACUUGUUGGCGAUAGUCCUGACAAGCUCUGCAUGCGCCAUGCAAAGGUUGCAAGCACUCGGUGGCCGAAGCGGACGGACGGGCAUACGCGUGGAAGUAAGCGAGUAGAUUCUGACACGGAUCUUGGACUCCAAUGCCCUGGUCACUAUAUUUAAGCCCAAAUAGAACCUGUCCGCGACCGUCACCAGAGCAAUACUCGUGGACGUGGAGCUUUCAUUACGUAGCGAGGAUACGGAUUUGUUCACACAUGCAGGUUCGCUGGUUUUGAGAGUUUGGCCAGGGAACAGACUAAGGGCAGAGGCACAGUAUCUUUCUCCUCGUGAAGGGUAUUCUGAGAUGUAUCGAUUUUCCUGGAGGACUUUGGGAAUCUGGCAGCCAAAAAUUUUCUUCCGAUUUGGCAGCAAGGAAUAAGCAGACAGCCGUAUGGUUGUUCGAUGAGAAGCCAAAGUUCAGUGCAAUGUCUGAUGUCUCCUAACUCGUCUGAUCUUCCUCGAGAGAGAUAUAUACUAACAGGAUAAUACUGAAGACUGAAACUUCUACAUUCGUGAACCCAACAUGUGCUCGAGAAUUGUUGCUCUUUACUUGCGGCAAGUUCGGCCGGUAAGACAUCGGAUGUUCCAGUUGUCCACUGAAAUGCAGGACGAAAAGCUUAAAUGUGAGACUCCUUGCAGAAAAACUGCAGUUUUUCCUUUGACCAACAUUCUCCCACUUAUACAACCCAGUGAUCGUGAAGUGACAGAUGUUGGUGUUACUAGUUCCCAACUAUUGAUCUGAUCAUAUCAUAACAACGUCUUUCUCAAACCACCUUGACCAGUUUGGAUGUGAAUGUGCUUGUCCCGUCCGAUAAGUGCUUUUGUUUUUUAUACAUCUUGUGUGAAUCCAGAGCUGUACGUUGUUCCCAUUUAAUAAGCGUGUUGCAAGGGUAUGCGAUGGAUGAGGAGCUGGAAAGCUAUACCAGUGGUCAGUUUAAAGUGCACAACCUUUUCUGAGCCUGCAUAUAUCCUAGAAGAUGAGAUACACUUAUUUUAUGGGUGGACUGGAGACUAUUGCUGAGUCAAAACCUUAGUGAAGUGAUGUACGGGUUGCGCAGUCAGUAUAGCAAGGGUGCUGGAAGUAUGAGUUGUCGCGAAGAGUUUUCUCACUGGCUGGUAUGAACUGGUUAGUCUUUUCAUCGAACAGCGCUUGCCAAAUAAAUCGGAAUUCUUCAUUUACACUUCGUUGCUAUGGUAAAUCGGACUGUUUCUGUUUCAAGAGCUGCAUUAAUUAUAAUUAGCUCUGACUUCUGCUGUGGCGUUAUUUUGUUGAAAGCAGGGUUUCUCAAUGUACUUCAAGUUUGACACAAGUCAAGCACAUGGACUUUGACUACACUAUUCAUGUCUCAGUUAGCAAAUCUACACUCUUCUCAAAUUUGUUCCAGUCAAAAUUUCUUGCCAGCAGUGCAAUUCUCAGCAUUGUCUUAUGAUCUCUGGACGCCUCGGAAGGUUACAGGAGUUCGGGUAACGAUGACUUCAACCACACAAAAUUUGAAAGAACUUUGAAUUUAUGCUGGUUGGUGACGCAUUCGUGGGUUAAAUAGUCUAUGAAAUGGCCCCAUAUGCCAAAUGCGCCUGACUCUCCUCAUGGGUUGAUGGCUAGUGUGUUGUUGUGAUUAAAUCCAUCAUAGACACUUACAUACUUGAAUGCCUUAUUCAUCCCGAAGGUCCUCCUUCAAACAGAUGGAGGUCAUCCUUUAUGUCCGAUCCAGACAUCAGCAAGCUCCAAGACGUUCCGGGUCCGACAGGCUCAGUAGUGAAGUCUUUCAUCGACUGCCAGUGCAGCGUUUAAGGCCGUGGCACAUUACAGACAGGUUUUGCAUAUGCAAGUUCCGAAAGUGCGCACAUCAGAAGACUAUUCUUGUGCAUCCCUACAUUGAGAUAACGGUGUGCAUGAUUGUCAUCAAAUGUCACAAACAAUCAAGGCCAAAUGUGGAAGUCGAGUACGAAUGAUGUAUCGUAAGCUUUCGUACAUACAACUUAUAGGCUGCUCUUCUGAUUUAUCUUCAAUCUCUUGUAGGCCGGUUCACUGCAGGCAGGACAUAUGUUACCGUCGACAGAGUGCACAAUUUAUACAUGGAGCAGGAGAUAUUUCGCCAAUACUGAUUCAUAGGCUUAGAUUUAGGUUAAACUUAUGUUAGACCCCGUCCGUAGCUGAAGUCUGUUGUGGCCCAUGAUUUUGGUGAUUUGCAAGUUAGCUGAUCCAGCCGAGAAGCAUCAAUUUGCGUAAAGGCAUGCCAUUCUCCAGGAUCAGAAGAUAGAAGAUUCAAGUGGUUCAUCUAAUUUGCAGUCUGGUGAAUGUGUAGAGUGAUUUUAGCUUAGAGCAUUCCGCUGUUAAUCCAUGUUUCCCUUGUUCCGGAGAUUGACUCGAAGGUUACUCUGCUCCUGCUUAGGUACGUGUAAAUGUGCAAGCAAGCUGAAGUUCAUGACCGAACUGCCAUACACAGCAAAAUAAUCACCCACCUAAUACUAGCCGGAGCGGUGGAGUUGGCCAUCAUGGCCACUGGAGUACUUCAACAGUGGCUCGAUGUGGAGCGAGUGCUUGUCACCGUGCUGGUGUGGCUGGUUCCUGGUUUUUAAUCUAUUAUCUUUUCUUCGUGUCAGUUUCGUAAUUUUUGGUUGUUCUCACGGUUCUUCAUACAGGUUUCAAACUUAUUGCUGCUAGCGCAACUUAUUUCAACAGCCCCACCAGGUUUCCUCAAAUUCCACCUUCUCAUAUCAUUCCUUCAAAAAGAAUGAUUAGAAGAGGCUUGUUCUAAUCAGCUGCUCUGAUGCUGAUCCACUUCAGUCAAUUCCAGGACAAUCACCGAGUGCGUUUGUUUCUUCUUCUUUCCAGUAUUUUCAUGAACGCAGUGAUCAAAGAAGGGGAAAUAUUUAGAAUGGGUUGUAUACAGA